AAAGUUUUUUAACAUGAAAUAGUAGUGUCCUAAAUUUAUUGCUCUUGCUCUCGUUGCCCCUUGGACCUCUCGUGGGGAUACUUAUUAAUUAUCGUGACACCCAAAUCGUAGGACUGAUAGAAAAAAGAGAGGAUAGUUUAUUCUUUGCUGAGCUGUGACUAUUCUUACAUACGACGACAAUUUAAUCAAUUUUCAUAUCUCAACACUAAACAUCAUCUCCUCCCAAAUUUAUUUUCCAACAACUGUGGUCUCCUCAGUGAGCUUUCUCUUCUCAACAAACAAUGGCUUCUUCUUCUUUAAUCAACUCAUUGACUUUUACUUCUCGCACCCCCACUCUUAACUACUUGACUCGCCGCACCCCUACCACAUCACUCCGAUUCGCCACUUUCUCCACCAGGAGGAUCUCUUCACCUUCUCCCGUUUUAUGUAACGCUGUCUCUGUCCAAUCUCAAACCGCUAUCGACGGUCUCAAUAUUGCCGACGAUGUUACGCAGCUUAUAGGAAAAACGCCAAUGGUUUAUCUCAAUAGUAUUGCUAAGGGUUCCGUUGCUAAUAUCGCUGCAAAGCUUGAGAUUAUGGAACCAUGUUGUAGUGUCAAAGACAGGAUAGGUUAUAGUAUGAUACUUGAUGCUGAGAAGAAAGGAGCCAUAACACCUGGAGAGAGUGUUUUGGUGGAACCUACUAGUGGAAACACUGGAAUUGGUCUUGCCUUUAUAGCAGCUUCUAAAGGAUAUAAACUCAUUUUGACGAUGCCUGCUUCCAUGAGUUUGGAAAGACGAGUUCUAUUGAAAGCAUUUGGAGCUGAGCUUGUUUUGACUGAAGCUGCAAAGGGUAUGAAUGGAGCAGUUCAAAAAGCCGAAGAAAUUGUAAAAAGUACACCUAAUGCAUACAUGCUUCAACAAUUUGAUAAUCCUUCGAAUCCUAAGAUACAUUAUGAGACAACUGGACCAGAGAUAUGGGAAGAUACAAGAGGCAAAAUAGAUAUUUUAGUUGCAGGAAUUGGAACUGGUGGAACCAUUUCCGGAACCGGUAAAUUCCUAAAAGAACAAAAUUCAAAAGUACAGAUUAUUGGUGUAGAGCCACUCGAAAGCAACAUACUUUCAGGUGGAAAGCCAGGACCUCACAAAAUUCAGGGUAUCGGGGCUGGUUUUGUGCCCAGAAAUUUGGAUGAAGAUAUCCUUGAUGAAGUUAUAGCGAUAUCGAGUGAUGAAGCUAUUGAAACUACAAAGCAAAUAGCACUCCAGGAAGGCUUGCUGGUGGGAAUUUCUUCAGGUGCUGCUGCAGCAGCUGCAUUGCAGGUUGCGAAGAGACCUGAAAACGAGGGAAAGCUUAUUGGGGUUGUAUUCCCAAGCUUUGGUGAAAGAUAUUUGUCCACUGUUCUUUUCCAGAAAAUCCGAGAAGAAUGCGAGAACAUGCAGCCGGAGCCAUGAAACAAUUUUACUCCUUUCAUAUUUUAGACACAUUUUCCAUCAUCAUCCACAUGUUGUAAGGCACGACAAUGUCACAUGUCUAUGUUACACAUUUCUCAUUUUUGACAUUUAUUAGAAACUUCUAAACUGGUCGUUGAUUCGACACAAGUCACAGAUCAAUGACCCUUGAACAAUAGAAAUUAGUCUUAUGUGUGACCAAUGACAAAUUCUUCUUAAUGUUUGUAGUUCAAAAAUAAUGGAUGAAACAAAGUUUAUCUAUUGAUUUUUCUGUGCA